CUUCGAUCUUCACUUUUCCAUUUCCCCGCUCGCGGUCCACCACUACCUUUGUCAUGUUGGGUGCUGCCAAGUUGCUCUCUCUCUUCUCCGCCGCGGCGGUCGCGCAGCAGUGCACGGGCGUCGAGCAAGGUAUGUACAAGAUCGCCGAGAAGACGUUGGUGAGCGUCACCUACAACGGCGACGCCGCGUUCAGCCAGAUCUUCCAAAAGGACGGCGCGACGUUCGCGGCCCCCCACUUCAAGUCGGUCAACGUGCCGGCCAACGGCAAGCUCACGAUCACGUCGCUCGACGGCAAGGACAGCGAGGUCUUCAAGGGCGGCGAGUCUGCUACCAACGUCCGCGCGAGCUGGGCCUCGGGCAAGGGCGUCGUCGUCUCGUACGAAGCGCCGUCGUACACCAAGAGCGCCGUGCCGGUCUUCGAGCUCGACGAAAUUUCGUUUGGCAAGCCGACGCCGCUCGCCGAGUCGAUUUGCGGCAAGGACGACUCCAAGCCGGCUCCGUGCUACGCCGCCGACGCGGCCAAGACCAAGUCGGGCAAGGCCGUCGCGCGUCUCCUCAUUGGCGGCUCGGGUCUCUGCACGGGCUGGCUCAUCGGCUCGGAGGGCCACCUCAUGACCAACAACCACUGCAUCGGCAGCGCCGACGACGCCGCGGACGUCCAGGUCGAACUUGGCGCCGAGUGCGCGACGUGCGAGGACCCGAACAACCAGAAGCAGCUCGCGUGCAAGGGCGAGAUCGUCGCGACGAGCGCGACCUUUGUUGUGACGGACGAGACGGCCGACUUUGCGCUCGUGAAGCUCAAUCUCAAGGAUGGCGUCGACCUCAAGAAGUACGGCUACCUCCAGGUGCGCGCGGAGGGCCCGAAACUCAACGAAGAAAUUCACAUUCUGGGGCACGCCGUGGGCUGGCCCAAGCGGUUCGCGGUCGUCGUCGACAGCGGCAAGCCCGGUGUCGUCACCAACACGAGCAUCCCGUCGUGCCAGCCCGACGAGUUUGGCUACGAGCUCGACACGCAGGGCGGCAACUCGGGCUCGCCCGUCUUCUCGACCAAGGACAACGUCGUCGUUGGUAUUCACAACUGCGGCGGCUGCCCCGACGACGGCCCCAACGGCGGUAUCAAGAUCAACAAGGUCGUCGACAUUCUCAAGGCCAAGAACGUCCUCCCCAAGGACGCGAUUGCCGGCGACAAGCCCGCGUGCUAAUUGUUUUAUG